CCGUCUCUCAGGGUGAAAGCUUUGCCUUUCAGGCCCCAGAGCCUGAAAGGCCCAAUUACAAGUCUCUCCCUUUUUUGUUUAUCAUAGCAACCACCCGCCCCUCUACUCCUGUGUCAGCUGCUCCAAGCCACUGAAUCAAGACAUAAACACACUGCUUUCUGCUUCACCCAGGAGCACCAAUAAUGCACUUUUCUCUCUUUUGCACAGGAAGCAGAGGCAUUGUAUGGGCUGGGUUCCAUAUUGGAAAAUCCUUGUAAGAGUGUCUUUGAUUCCCCAGCCAACCUGAUAUGCAGUAUUGCGUGAGAGGGGGACUCUGUGGAUUUUGUACUCUGGUGUGGACUUGUUCAGCCUAUGGGUGUGCUGCCCUCUGUGACCUUAUCCUUAUCUUGGGUUUGCCCAGCUACAUCUUUAAUACACAGUUUGGUACAAAUUGGUAUGUUAUUUGUUGUAACACAAAGAAAUGAAGGUGGCUGUAUUGGAUCUGGGUACUAUUUUUGCAAAGAUUUUUAAAUCUUCAGUGUCUCCAGUUAAUCCUGGAUCUACUAGUAGUCCUUUUUCUCAGGGUUCUGCUUCAGGGAACACAAAUGGUUCUCUGGCCCAAAAAGCUUCUUUUAUAUUACUACCGGCACCACCAUCACCAACAAACAUUCUGAGCUCAUUAACAUCUUCGUCUUCAUCUUUACCUCGAGUUCCAUCUGGAAAGGUGCUGACUACUCACCUGACAGGAUAUUCUACACCCAGCAGUCCAUCCCAUUCAACUAAACCUCAUGCUGCCAACUUAGGGGUCGGUUCCUUGGGGUCAUACCCUCAGCAGAUAAAUGAAGAAUCUGGGUUAGGGCCACAAAGUACAGUUACUUCUCCAACACCACCAGUUCCCAUUCUAGUACGUCCAGCUCCCUCAAAUGCAAGUGUAGUGAUGCCUGCAAUGCAGCUCAGCCACCCCAGUCGUUCUCCCCGGCUUCAUCAGGAUAUCUCUGCUCCUGGAUGGAACACCAAGUCCAUGCUCUUCACUUUGCCGGAUAUCGGAGAGGAGACCACAGAUUAUGAAGAAAGCCACCAUAGCCAAGGGAAGGGAAUAACAAGGGGAGGUGCUGAUCAUUACCUUUCGGACAAUGUUCAAGAUUCUCUUCCAGAACAUUUUACAAAACCUGUACAGGAGGCUAUCCAUAAUUUCACAUGUGAAUCCAUAUCCUCCUUGACGUCCAGUGGGCAGACCACUCCAACUGAUCUAAAUCAUUCCUGGUCGGGGAUACAAAGCUAUACCACUGGCUUGUCCACAGAGAGAAGCUCCGUUUAUUCCUGGACAGAUGAUGAGUUUGAUAAAGCCAACACACAGCGGGUACAUCAGUUAUUCUGGGAUGUGGAUGAAAUGCUUUUUGAAGGUAACAUCACCUCACAAAACAAGACCCUGCAAGCGGAGGGGAAAGAGUGGACUAAGCGAUCCCUUCAUUUGAGAAUAUUAGGAAAACAGCUUAUUUUGCCAAAGGAUGAAGGCUUCCAGCAUUUCCAGAGCAGAUCACCCAGCAAUGCAUAUGUUCAUUCGUUAUCUGAUCUUGGGGAGAGCAGCAGUGACAUGAAAGAGCUCUGCAUCUCCGGGUCAAAGCUUGUACCCAGAGCAUCUCCACUACACAAAGUGCAAGAUUCUGCCACCAAUGGGAGCCCAGGAAUGUCUGAGCUGUCGUCCUAUUCAUUUCUCAAGGAAGAGAUUUAUGGCAUGGAUGGUACUGUUGAGGAAUAUCUCGCUUUUGACAGCAGGGAAAAUGAUGAUGAGGGUUUGGAUCAAAAGAAAGUUAAUCUUCAUCGAAAGAGGAAUAAACGUGGCAUUCCUCCUGUCUCUCCUAAUGCCUGCAUGAAAGACACUGUGGCCGCAGAAGUAUUUGAUGAUGCCUGGAGGAAAGCAGUUGAUUCCUUGCAGGAGCUCAUUGAAAGAUUCUGGGAAGAAGCAUUGGAGGAGCUAAAGCAAACGGAGAAGCGCCAGUCAAAUGACAAUAAGUAUCUUCCAAUCCCAGUCCCACGUAUUAUUUCAGAGUCAGCAAGUGUCCCUCCAUCUAGAGGUUCAGAAGCAAGAAGUUUAUCAUUCAGCUCCUACCUGUUUCCAUCUCAGGCAAAUCGCAAUUUAUACAAUGACUUGAAUGGUGUUAUGACAAUUCAGGCCAAACCCCUGCAGCACCGACAUGCUGGAUCUGCGGAGAAGAUGCAAAAUGAACAGUUAGAUAAAAGCUUUAACAUUGCACCCCGAGUCUUAAACUCAGCACGGAACAGACUGGGAAGAUUAAGUGAUAACAGUGUUCUCUCCUCAUCACGAAUAUUGCAAACACCUUCUAGGAAAACGCCAACACAGCGCCGCCUGCCUUCUAUUACUCUUGAUCCUCUGCGGUCCAAAACCCCGAAUGUCUACAGUGAUGAAGUCUUAAGAGGGACAAAACUAUACACGGGGCUUGACCGGUUACCGUCACCAUCCUUCCAAGCUAACAGAAAUAAAUUGCCACCCAUUAACGCAGAAGUGGCCGAGCAAUACCUGCCAGUCCCCGGAUCUCGGCAUUCAGCUAACAAAACCAGGCCCCCCCACAGCCGAGUAUCUAGUGCCGUACCUGAUAGUGCAGGUCGCCGACUCCCACGAGAGAGGACUGCACCUCAAGAGCAAUUUUCAAGACCAAACACUACGCAUACCUUUAGAUCAGAAUUGUCACACAGACGCUCAUUUACUCCCAUGGAUUUUACCAACCAUACAUGGACUGGGCAGGCUUUCCUAACAAGUUCACAGUAUCAGCCUAAAUCUUUCCAGAGGAAUCAACCAACUUCUAGAAGAAAGUCUCAAGUGGCCUCUUAAGACAAUGUACUGAAAUGGACAGUAAUGGGCCAAAUAGCCAAAUGCUAACUCAAGAAAUUACCAAAACAAAUUUGAACUUUGUAUACAAACAGCAUUAGAGGGGGACCUUCUCAGUAAAAUGAAAUUUGUAUAUAUAGACACCGCACAUCAGACAUGGCCACAACAUGAAAUCUCAUUGGGCAGCUUGUUGUUGUAAAUAACCCAUGAAUCCAUUUUUUUCUGGAUGGUGAGUUACUGCAUCAAAUAUUAUAUGCAACUCUCUUGAUUGCCAAACAUGUUAUUUACCAUAUUCUUUGUAACAAGGUUUAUAACUGAGCAACAGAUACUGUAUGUCAAUUAGUGGGGCAAGUUGUACAAAACAGACUCCGCAUUAUGAUCAUUGCUGUUAUAUUUCAGAUGGAGCAUAAACAAUUGUAAAACGUUAUGUUACAGGAUUAUUCUGAGUAUUCCAUAUGAAACAGCCUGUAUUGUUUCCAAAUAGAUCAGAUGCAGAUUCAUUAGUUAUACCUACAGCAACAUAGAAAAUGGCAGACUUGCAAACCUCUGGCAUGUUGCACUCCAAAAACUUCCUGCUGAAAGUGAAGUGCCACCUGAAAGCAAAUGUUUCACAGUACAAAAGGCCACAAAUAAGCAGAUACUGCUAAAGGUUUUGAAGUCAGAAAAACAAAUAUUAAUAAAUAGAUACAGUACAUAA